CUCUUUCAUACGUUAUAUGCGCUCGCCAUCGCCCGUUGUGCUGUACUAAUAAUUUCCUUCCGCAGCCUUUAUUUUUAUUUAAAUCAUCCUGUUUGCAUCCCCCGCAUCCAGUCUGAUCAUCAAUUGAGGCAGUUAUGAGUACUUGUAUGGAGAAUACAGACUGGGACUUCGUCUUGCAGUUCGUCUCAGAGCCUUUGGAGAUGGAAUUUUCUCAUGUGCCUGAAAGGCCCGUCGCAGAACGUACACAUUCGGCGGUACCUGUGCAGGUACCAACACCCCCCGACUCGUUUACCUCGUCACCGGUUGACCCACCAACAGAGGAAGACACACUUGUCUCUGUGUCCACAACAUUUUUUCCUGGAGCAAACAUCUGCCCACACCCACCAGAUCUCGUGCUGCUGUCAUCCGAUUCCAUAUUCUUUUACGUCCACACGCGCGCGCUGCUUGGAGUUUCUGAAAAUAACUUUGGCGGUCUGCUACCACUAUCGUCCAAAGCGACAGUCGGCCAGAUAGGUCCAGUCUUGGUGGUCCCGGAAUCUUCUACCAUCCUCAAUAUCCUACUUCAUGCCGUAUACAACAUGUCAUGUUCCCAUUAUUCUCCUUCUUUCGAGUCCCUUGCAACAGCAUUAUCGGCGCUAACAGAUUAUGGCGUUUCUCUCAAGCGCCACGUUGGCCCUUCUACUCCCCUCCAUUCGCUACUUCUCUCGCAUGCACCUCUUUACCCCUUGGAACUCUAUUCAUUGGCUGCUUCACACGACCUCUAUGACCUCGCCGUUCCAACUUCAUCUCAUUUGCUCUCCUUCUCCCUCGCGUCCUUGACAGAUGAGAUGGCGGACAGAAUCGGCGCAAUAUAUUUGAAACGAUUAUUUUUUCUCCACUUUGGCCGCGCAGAUGCUUUGAAACGUCUCCUCCUACCACCACCUCAUCCGCAUGCCCCCACUAAUGACUGCGACUUCACCGAGCAGAAGAGGCUCACAAGAGCCUGGGCUCUCGCAUCUGCAUAUCUCGCUUGGGAUGCCAGGCCAGACUUGUCCACAAAUGCGAUUGAAUCUGCUUUGGCACCUCUAGGUGAUCAGUUAUCAUGCGAGCUCUGUCGAAAAGCACUUCGAGACCGGUUGAAGACGUUGAUUAUACAAUGGUCGGCAGUCAAGAGGACUAUCUAAUAUCUCUCACCCUGGACGAACAUACCCCAGAAAAUGCGCGCACGCACUUCUUCAGUUCUCAUUCCUUUAAUAGAUUGUAUCACUUAUCCCUUUCAUUUUUUUACUGCAUUCAUCGUGUCACACUG